AUGUCAGACCACGAGUCAGAAGAUCAUGAGAUCAACGUGCUGGACACCGACUCUAGACUUUCUAACAGUGACAGCGAGGCUAGGAGCCUGCGAAGCCAUUGCAGCAGCCCGGAAAAUGUGACCACCCCGUCUAACCACCUACCCUUCAGCAUCUCCAAUUUGCUGGGCAAGAAUUUCGAGCACCAAAAGGCUGAUGACGAUGCUGCUGCGUUGUACCAGAGCACGGCGGGGCUUUUCCAGCACCGGAGCCCCCUGGGGCUGGUACCCGCGGGGUUCUACGGCCAGGGGGUGCUAAGGGUGCCUGCGCAUAGGCCGCUGGGGGGCCCCGGGAGCCCCCCGCCGCCUCCCAUGUUCAAUCCUUGGGCGCUGGGACUGGAUCCAGUGCUGCAGAGGUCGGCGGCGGCAGCUGCGUUUGCUACCCAGGUGGUCAAAGACAGAUUAGCAGGUUGGUGGCAUUUUUUGUGA